CACCAACACUUACCGGCUACAUGUGGGGGAGAAACCUGCACAGAAGCAAACAGCGCACACAAACAAACCUGGACUCUAACUUUUCACGGCACACACGAACCGAACCGGACCGGACUGCGUUUAUUCCGCUGCACCUUUGCGCCUGUUGGGAAGUGAAAGUUCCAUGCAUGAGAGGAAAUGUGCAAAUGUGGACUGAGCCACAGUGGAAUUUCUCAUCCUGGAACCUCGAGGAAUACCGUUGUCCAUUUGCGCUAAUUUCUGUGCGGGUUCGGGCACCGGCUGCGGACUAAUGUGAUGCUUUUAACACACUGUGGGAAAAGUUGCUUGUUUCGUCGUAAAGAGGACUAAACCAGCGUUUGGACCAGCGAGUGGGUGCAGAGUUGUCCACGGGGCAAGGUUUGGAUGAAUCUGUGGAAGCGAUGGAAAUAGUGGAAAGUGAAAAAAACAGGCAAUAAAAUUUCACAGUGAUACCUGUUGCACUAGAAGGUGAAGUUCCUCCAGUGAUUCCAGAUUCAAGUGGAUUUAACUCAUGGAUGGUGUCAGAUCUGGACCCGGCUACUGAAUGCCUUCACUUUAGGUCGAGUCCAGAAAGAUGUGUUUUUAAAGCCAAGCUGCUGGGAGGUCAAGAGGUGACAUGCCUCUGUGAAACAGCACUGAAAACAAAUGCUCUGCCGCCAUGCCUCCGGGGAUGGUGUGUUGUCGUUCAGCGUCAGCGGCCCGGAGGCUGCUGUCUGUCCUGUUUGUAGCCGUCGGCUGGUCCCUUAGCUCAUUAUCCGGCGGUGUCCGAGGAUCGGACUCGUCAUCGCUCAGCCUCUAUCCCACCUUUAUCAGGAAUGACACUCUGUUCGAACACCUGGCCCUGCAUCCGGACCCCAGCGUGGGCCGGGUGUACGUAGGGGCCCGAGACCACCUGUUCCAGUUGGACAAACGCCUCCAGCCUGAGCUCCAGGACGACACUGGACCGGUGACGGACAGCAGGGACUGUCUGCCUCCAGUGACCCUGAGUAACUGCCCUCAGGCCAGAGCCACCAGCAACCAUAACAAGCUCCUCCUAGUCAACCCCUACUCCAUGGAACUUAUUACCUGCGGAAGCGUCAACCAAGGAAUCUGCCAGAAGCGAAGUCUGGACUCUGUGGAUCAGGUUCUUUUCUCCACGGAUAGGCCGGUGGACACCCAGUACGUAGCAGCCAAUCAUCCAAACGUCAGCACCGUGGGCCUCGUGGUUCGCUCCCACCCCGACCGGCAGCCGGUGCUGUUUGUGGGCCGGGGUUACACCAGCAGCCACCCCCCCAUCUCCACCCGAAACCUCGCCCAAGGAUCCAUCUUUUCGUAUGAGGAGACGGCCAAGUUAGCCGUGGCCGGUCGUCUUUCGGAGUACGAUCAUCAUUUCGUGGCGUCCUUCGCUCAUCGUCAGCACGUCUACUUCCUCUUCUACAGGCGGGAUCUGAAGUCGCAGUCACGCGAGUACCGCACGUACGUGUCUCGUGUUUGUUUGGACGACCAGGCCUAUUACUCGUAUGUGGAGGUUCCUCUGACAUGCCGUUCCAGAGCCGGGAAAAUUUACAACCUCCUGCAAGCCGUCCAGCUGGGCCUGUCCCGAGAUAAAGGCUCCGACGUCUUAUUGGGCGUUUUUUCCACCCGUCUGGCGUCAUCCACCCGCCCCAGUGAAGACUCCGCUCUGUGUAUGUUCAACCUGGACGAUGUGGACCGCAGGAUUCUGUCCACCAGAGACCUGUGCUACACUCAGAUGGGUAAAGAAGCAGGAGUGGAGGCGGCCUACAUCGAGUACGAAGUCAAGUCCAACUGUGCCAACCUGCCAAAUAACACCCUGGACGCUUACCCCUGCGGCUCGGACCACACCCCCAGCCCCAUGGCCAGCCGCAUCGCCGUGGAAGCAGAGACCAUACUGGACAGCCCGUCCGCCCGUCUGAGCGCCGUGGCGGUCAGUGUGAGGGCGGGGCAUACCAUCGCCUUCCUGGGAGACUCCAGAGGAAACCUACACAAGGUGUUUCUGGGGCCGGACGGUGAAGUGGAGGAGUAUUCAGUCAUCUCCAUUCAGCAGAACACGGCCAUCAGCUCAGACCUGAUCCUGGACCAGAAAGAGGAGCAUCUCUUCAUCAUGACCCAGAACAUGCUGCAGAAGCGACCCGUGGCCGAGUGCCAGGAGCACACGGACUGCCACUCCUGCCUUCUGGCCCAUGACCCCUACUGUGGAUGGUGUGUUCUGGAGGGAAGGUGUGUGUUGCAGUCGCAGUGUUCCCGUGGUAACCAGCCCGGCCAGUGGCUGUGGAGCUUCGACAUGGAGCAGCAGUGUUUGGCUGUCCAGGACCUCAGCCCCUCCAACGUGAGCAGAGAGGAGAGCAGGAUGGUGUCUCUCUCCGUCCCUGGACUUCCAGUUUUAGAACCAGGCGAGUCCUACUCCUGCUUCUUCCAGGACAGCCACAGUCCUGCCACCGUCAGCGAGGGCGGGGUCACCUGCACCUCUCCGGACCCCGGCCGAGUGCCCAUGGUGCCUCCGGGACGAGAUUUCAUCACAGUCACCUUGUCGCUUCGUUUCGGCGACGUCACCGUCACCGCCAGAGACUUCACCUUCUACGACUGUACGGCCGUCAAGCAGCUGUCUGGGAGCAUGCCUUGCCGUGGGUGCGUUUUGAGCCGAUGGGGCUGUAACUGGUGCGUUCACCAACACUCGUGCACCCACAAACCCACGUGUGAAGAGGGCGUGGUCAUCUACAACCAACAUUUUUUUGUUUCUGUCUCACCCUCUCCUCAUGUCUCCUCCCCCUCCUCCUCCCCCCUCCCCCAGUUUAAACUCCCCACCUCAGCUCCUCCCACAUCCAAAUCUGUCAAAGUCAUCACAACCCCCGCAACCACAACAACAACAACAACAACUGCUCCGACAACAACAACAACCACCACAACAAUGACGCCCACAACGACGACCGAUGCCACCACGACAACUAUCACAACCCCCGUUACCAUGGCGACCACUCAGGAGCCAACCACUCCCACCACUGUUCCGGCAACAACCGCUGCUCCAAUCACGACCACCACUAUCCCGGAGCCCACCACCCCCGCCACCACCACCACCACCUUGCCCCCCCUCACCGCAGCAGCCUCGCCCACCGCUCCACCCCUGGAGGUCGUCACAGGGAAGCAAGAAAAUGCCGAAGCAGAAGAACUGGUCGUCGUCACCCAAAGUCCCGUAGACGCCGCCACCGCUACACCCAGCGAAGCGGCACAGUCGGCGCCCGUCACCGCAGCUGAUGGUCUGAGCGGAGACGCCGAUCAGGUCAUGCCCCUCAUGAUCCCCCCUUCAGACCCAGACUCCUCCCCCUUGGAGGUCUUGACAGAGUUGCCCCCGAGCGACACCCAGGAAGUGGAAGACGCUGCGAUUCUUACCGACCCCCCCACCCAGGCUUCAUCUGGCUUCCCCCUACCGACUCCCUUCCCCGUGGGUGACCCCGAAGACGCCGAUCCAUCCCUGGACCUGGACCCCAUCCCCACUGCCUUGUCCCCGCAAGACUCCCAGACCGAGGCAGGGGGCCCAGGAGCAGACCCUGAGGUGCUCCUCUGGCCCAAAAAUGAAGAAGCGGAGGCCCAGGUUAAGACAGAAAACGACACUGCCACUUUUUCAGCCACAACUUUGCUGUCAGGUGACGGCGAGGUUGACCACGCCCCCCCCGCAUACCCCCAACUCCUGGACGCUGACUCUGAGCUGGACUAUCAGUACGAUUCCGCAGAUGCCUUCCUCCCGGGAGAUGAGGGUUCCUUUGUGAGCUGGGGUUCCUCAGCUUGUCCCUGUGUGGAGAAGGUCCAGGGUUCAGCACUGUUACCGGUCAGAGUGGACCGGAAGAUCACCCUCCUGGCCCGAAACCUCCACCUCUAUCAGGACACAGAUCUGGACUAUGAGUGUGUGCUGGUGAUCGAGGGCCAGACGGUGGUGGUGGACGCCUAUGUGGAGAUCGAUGACAUGAAUCCAUCCAACUUUGACAUCACCUGUCAGCUGCACCAGUACACGUACUCUGCUCCGGUGGAGGAAUACAACGCCAUGGUGUAUGUGAAGAGGAGGGACACCUUCCAUGUGGACAGCGCUCCUGAUCUGUACGUGACUCUGUAUAACUGCUCCGUGGGUCGCUCCGACUGCAGCCGUUGUCAUACGGCCGAUCCUAAAUACGGCUGUGUGUGGUGUGGAGGAGCUCAGGCCAGCUGUCUGUACUCCGACUCCUGUGGAGAACCCAUCCAACACACCUGUCCUGCACCUGUCAUCCACUCAAUCGAGCCUCUGUCCGGCCUGUUGGAAGGAGGCACCAUGGUGACCAUCUCCGGCUCCAACCUGGGCCAAAAGGCCGAGGACAUCCUCCACUCGGUGUCAGUGGCCGGGGUUCCGUGCACUGUGAUCCCCAGCCUGUACGAGGUCUCCUCCAGGAUCGUGUGUCGAACCAAAGCCAGCGGAGGAGAAACUUCAGGUCACGUGUCUGUUGAAGUGAGCGGAGGAGAACUGGGGGUUUCCAGCCAGACCUUCAGCUACCAGGACCCUUUUGUGAUGGGUGUGUCCCCAGAGAGAGGGCCUAAGGCUGGGGGGACGUCCCUGACCAUCACUGGCCGCAACCUGCUGACCGGCCGGCCCUCUGACCUCAGCAUCACCGUGGGAGGGGUCCCCUGUAACAUAGUCCUGGAGGUGCAGAGGUCCAGUGUCCAGUGUGUGACUGGCAGGAGUAAUAAGACAGGAGAGCAGCGGGUCACAGUGCAUUAUGGGAGCAGCCAGCGCCACCUGCACACGCCAUCAGGAUACCGCUACACACACAACCCCAACAUCACCCAUGCCACGCCCACCAGGAGCUUCCUGGGGGGGGGGCGGCUGAUCUACGUGUCGGGCCAUAACCUGGACGUGGUGCAGGAGCCUCGGAUGGUGGUGACCGUGUCUCCCUUUGACGGCAAGAAGAGGAGGAAGAGGAGGAGGAGGAAGAGGAGUGACGGGGAGGACGGGAUGAGGACGAGGAGGAGGAUGGUCCGAAUGGUCCCUGAUCCGGUCUGUCCUGGAGACCCGGUCUGCUCCAGGAAACAGUUCAUGGAGCGCUGUGAGGUGAACUCCUCGUCCCUCAUCCUGUGCCGCUCUCCUACAGUCAACUCCUCUGUCCAGGGGUCAGAGGUCACUGUGGAGUUCACGCUGGAUAACCUUCGCUUCGACUUCAGCGGUCUGAACUCCCAGGCCUUCAGCUACGAGCCCAACCCGGUCCUGAGGCCCCUGAACCAGCAGGACCCGCUGAAGGCCUACCGCUACAACCCCGGCAGCUUCAUCCAGCUGGAGGGUGAAAACCUGGACCUGGCUAUCACUAAGGAUGAGGUGGUGGUGUUGGUUGGUGAGGGGGUGUGUGCUGUAAAGACUCUGACCAGGAACCAUCUGUACUGCGAGCCCCCCCCUCAGCAGCCGGUCCCCGCCCCCAACGGCAAAAGACGAGAGGGAUCGGACAAUCUGCCAGAGUUCACUGUCCAAAUGGGAAACCUGAACUUCUCCCUGGGGAAAGUCCAGUACGACAACCUGAGCCUGUCCCCCUUCCCCUUGGAGGCUCAGAUCGGAGUCGGCGUCGGGGCGUCCAUAGUGGCGCUCAUUGUCCUCAUCAUCGUCCUGAUCUACAGGAGGAAGAGUAAGCAGGCUCUGAGGGACUACAAGAAGGUCCAGAUCCAGCUGGAGAACCUGGAAACCAGUGUGAGAGACCGCUGCAAGAAGGAGUUCACAGACCUAAUGACAGAGAUGAUGGACAUGUCCAGUGACCUGGUGGGCUCGGGCAUCCCUUUCCUCGACUACCGCAUGUACGCCGAGCGCAUUUUCUUCCCCGGCCACCGGGAGUCUCCGCUGAGGCGAGACCUGGACGUCCAGGAGUGUCGGAGGCAGACGGUGGAGCAGGGCCUGGUGCAGCUGUCCAACCUGCUCAACAGCAAACUCUUCCUCACCAAGUUCAUUCAUACUCUGGAGAGUCAGCGGACCUUCUCCCCCAGGGACCGGGCCUACGUGGCGUCUCUGCUGACGGUGGCGCUCCACGGAAAACUGGAGUAUUUCACCGACAUCCUCAAAACGCUGCUGAACGACCUGGUGGAGCAGUAUGUGGCGAAGAACCCGAAACUGAUGCUCCGAAGGACAGAGACGGUGGUGGAGAAGCUGCUCACCAACUGGAUGUCCAUCUGCCUCUACGCCUUCCUCAGGGACUCAGCGGGGGAGUCUCUCUACAUGUUAUUCAGAGCCAUAAAGCAUCAGGUGGAUAAAGGGCCGGUGGACGCUGUGACGGGGAAGGCCAAGUACACGCUCAAUGACAACCGGCUGCUGCGAGAGGACGUGGAGUACAAGACCCUGACUCUGAACGUGCUGGUCCAGGGCGGGGGCAUGAAUGAGACCCAGCCCCUCCCCUCCAAAGUCCUGGACUGUGACACCAUCACCCAGGUCAAGGAGAAGCUGCUGGACCAGGUCUACAAGGGCACCUCCUUCUCCCACAGGCCUCAUGCCGACUCCCUGGACCUGGAGUGGCGGUCUGGCGUGGCCGGUCACCUCAUCCUGUCCGACGAGGACCUGACGUCCGUGGUUCAGGGAAACUGGAAACGCCUCAACACGCUGCAGCACUAUAAGGUCCCAGACGGCGCUACCGUGGCCCUGGUCCCCCGCCACACCAAACACAUCCACCACGAUAACCACGACUAUGUGGCAGGAGAGAAGACUCCGAUGCUGGAGGACGCCGACGAGGGCGGAGUCAGGCUGUGGCAUCUGGUGAAGGCCAGCGAAGAGCCUGAACUUCCCAAACACCGACGAGGAAGUCUGAGGGAGAGAGAGAGGGCCAAAGCCAUCCCUGAGAUCUACCUGACCCGACUACUGUCCAUGAAGGGUACGUUGCAGAAGUUUGUAGAUGACCUGUUCACAGUCAUCCUCAGCACCAGUCGUCCGGUUCCUCUGGCCGUCAAAUACUUCUUCGACCUGCUGGACGACCAGGCGGGACAGCACGGCAUCUCGGACCCAGAGACCAUCCACAUCUGGAAGACCAACAGUCUGCCUCUGCGCUUCUGGAUCAACAUCGUGAAAAACCCUCAGUUCAUCUUCGACGUCCAGGCCUCGGACCACGUGGACGCUGUGCUCUCUGUCAUCGCCCAGACCUUCAUGGACUCCUGCACUAUCGCUGAGCACAAACUGGGACGGGACUCUCCCAUAAAUAAGCUGCUGUACGCCAGAGACAUCCCCCGUUACAAACAGAUGGUGGAGAGGUACUACGCUGACAUCAGACAGACCAUCUCCGCCAGCGACCAGGAGAUGAACUCUGCUCUGGCUGAACUGUCCAGGAACUACUCUGGAGAGCUGAACUACCUGGUGGCACUGCACGAGCUCUACAAGUACAUCAACAAAUACUACGACCAGAUCAUCACGGCUCUGGAGGAGGACACCACAGCCCAGAAGAUGCAGCUGGGAUACCGACUGCAGCAGAUCGCCGCCGCCGUGGAGAACAAAGUCACCGACUUGUGACAGAACUGAUGAGACUAAAGAGACUCCUGUUUUUAAAAACGUCAGAGGUCGACCACAGGGAGCUCCAUCGGACUGGAUCUGGUUUUAUUUUUUGGUUGUUUUUUUUUUUGUUUUCGUCUGUCUGUUGAGGAUGUAUCUGUGACCCUCCGAGGACCCUCUGAGGACGCGCAUGACGUCGUUAAUGUCACAAAGAUGCAUUUUUACGUCAGAAGUGAGACUGAAGACGAGCGCUGAUGUGAACUGAGGGUGUGAUGUCACUGUUUUCCUCCAGAGUGAGUUGGAAGCGGUACUUUUACUUUGAGGCCUCGUGUGCUUGUUGCUGCUGUACGGUCAGAAGUUAUUUCCGUGUGUGUGUGUGUGUGUGUGUGUGUGUGUGUGUGUGUGUGUGUGUGUGUGUGUGUGUGUGUGUGUGUGUGUGUGUGUGUGUGUGUGUGUGUGUGUGUGUGUGUGUGUGUGUGUGUGUGUGGGGUGACUGUGAUGACGUUUCGCUGUAUUGCCCUCGUUGUCAAUCUCCACCUUGAACGGUUCCAUUUCUGGGUUCUGCUCCUACAGGAAGUAUUCCACAUGUUCCCGUCUGCAGUAUUCCCACUCCUUCAUCGUUUAAACCAGGGGUGUCAAACAUGCGGCUCGGGGCCCAAAUCCAGCCCACCAAAGGGUCCAGUCCGGCCCUUAGAAUGAUUGUGUGAAAUACAAAAAUUACACUAAGA